CGCUUGUUUUUCUACGUCACUUCCUGCGCGGCAGUCCCUUCUCGAACCAGCUAACUUUUAGCAACAUGUCAACUAGCUUCAAAUGUAUCGCCCUGCGUCGUUCUUAGACACUUUUAAAUCCUUGCAGUCUUUAGAUGGCACUGUUUGUCAUGUGAUAUCCGAAUAAGUGCUCACUUAAACCGCUGUUGACAUAUUUCUAGCUUAUGUUGCUCAGUUUGACUGCCGCUAGCAACGUUAUCUGGUACCCGUUAGCAAAGGAGGCUGCGGUUAAAGUUGACUAACUUUUAGGAUAUAGUUGUAUUGAUAGUCCUUUCAUUGCAUGGAUCAUGUGUUUCUAGGUAAUUAAAGUGUUGGCUAACUCUGAGAGCCUCGUUAGUAGUGUGUUUACGUUAGUUGCAGCUAAGUAAACCAUCAUCAUGUCUAAUCAGCUGACGACAGAGCAGCAGCGAAAGAUCGAUGAAAACAGACGCAGAGCUUUGGAGAGAAGAGCACAAAGACUUGAACAGACUAUCAGCGACAAUAAGCAGACCCCGGCAGACUCCACCAAUACUUCAGUGCAGGUACAGACCUCCAAACGUCGACUCGACUCAGAUUCUGCUGCUGCUCCUCACAGAGAAACCCUGAGCUCAGCUUCUGCACCUAAACGGUUUGUUCCGCCCUUCAAAAAAGACUCUGGUUCAAAGCAACAGCUAUUAUCUACCUCUGGCAACACAAUCCACCAGAAUACUAACUAUGCAUCUACAAGACAGAUACAAGUCAUUGACCCACUUCCUCAACAUGUGAGAAGCCCUGUCUUGUCUACUGGAGGAAGCUUUGGUGUAAAGCCGGCUCACCCCAAACCAAACCUAACCUCCAACAGCUCUGAUGGUGCAGUUGUGCCUUUCUACAAGCAAACCAGUAAACCGUGCCAGAGUCCUGUGGCACCGCUUUCCUCCCUCUCAUCAACUUUCAAUGCUGUAUCUGCAAAAAAGCCUGCCAUCUCUGUAAGAGGAAAAUGUGUAGCUCACACAGAGGGCCGCUUCAGAGUAGAAGUGGGCUACCACGCCCAACUGAUUGUCGUUUUCAAAUCCAUCCCAUCAAAGAACUAUGACCCAGCCACAAAGAUGUGGAACUUCAGUCUGGAGGACUAUCGAGUGCUAAUGGAGGAAGCUGCUGCCGUGGCUUCUGCGUCUUUGCGGCCUCUGGAGGGAAUGGAGGCGUUGGACGUAGCGGCAGCCACCAGCGCAGCCUGUGACGGGGCAGCACUGGGGGCGCUGCUGAAGCUGUGUAACGGCUGGCAGAAACCUGGGGCCACAGUGCAGGGCCAGUGCGUCCUGGUGUCCCCGACAAAGUUUGAGGUCGACAUCGGUUACCAUGUGGACGUGAUUGCGGCAUGCAAGCAGAUGCCAACAAAGAGCUAUGACUUGAAGACAAAAAAGUGGAGUUUUUCCCUUGCAGACUACAAGAGACUCUUGGAUGUCCUCAGUGGGAUAGCAGCAGUGGAGGUGGAGCCUCUGCCCAGGGCAAUAGUCCAGGCUUUCUCUGCCAGGUUUGAUGGGACAGAAGCCAGGUCUUUAGACGUCCCUGAGGCCGACCUCUCCAGCGUCGAACCCUCGCUCACCUGCAGCCUUAUGCCCUUCCAGAGGGAAGGAGUCAAUUUUGCAGUGUCUAAACAAGGCCGCCUCCUCCUGGCGGAUGACAUGGGCCUGGGGAAGACGGUGCAGGCCAUCUGUAUAGCAGCUUACUACAGGAAUGAGUGGCCUCUGCUGGUGGUGGCUCCCUCCUCUGUGCGAUUCACCUGGGCCGAGGCCUUCAGACGCUGGCUCCCCUCCCUGGGUCCUGACAGCAUCAACGUGGUGGUGAAGGCCAAAGAAAAUCUUCACGCUGGUUUGGUCAACAUCGUCAGCUACGACCUGUUGAGCCGGAUCGACAAGCAGCAGCUAGCAACCACCUUCAAUAUUCUCAUCAUGGAUGAGAGUCACUUUCUGAAGAACAUGAAGACUGCUCGGUGUAAAGCAGCCUUGCCUCUGCUGAAGGCAGCGAAGAGAGUGAUGCUUCUGUCCGGCACCCCCGCCAUGUCCAGACCCUCUGAGCUCUACACACAGAUCCUGGCCGUCAAACCCACACUGUUCCCUCGCUUCCAUGAGUUCGGCAUGCGCUACUGCGCUGCUGCACAGUCGACUUGGGGGUGGGACUACUCGGGCUCCUCUAACCUGGGAGAGUUGAAGCUGUUGCUGGAGGAGUGUUUGAUGUUACGCCGGCUCAAAAGCGAAGUCCUCUCGCAGCUUCCUGCUAAACAACGCAAGGUUGUCACGGUGACAAUAGAGGGUGUCAACGGCCGCAUAAAAGCUGCUCUGUCAGCUGCUGCCAGCCAGUUGGCCAAUCAACAGCGCAAUAAGAAGGAAGAGAAGGACGCCCUCCUGGUCUUUUAUAACCACACAGCUGAAGCCAAGCUGCAAGCCAUUAUGGAGUACAUCACAGACAUGCUGGAGUGUGGGAGGGAGAAGUUUCUUGUGUUCGCCCAUCAUAGGUUAGUCCUGGAUCAUAUCAGCAGCGAACUGGGAAAAAAGAAUGUGAGUUUUAUCCGUAUUGACGGCUCCACAUCCUCUGCUGAUCGGCAGCUGCUGUGUAAUCGGUUUCAGAGCUCCACUCAGACCUGCGUGGCUGUUCUCUCCAUCACGGCCGCCAACAUGGGCCUCACGCUGCACGCCGCCGACCUGGUGGUCUUCGCUGAGCUUUUCUGGAACCCGGGGGUUCUCGUGCAGGCAGAGGACAGGGUGCACCGUAUUGGACAGACCAGCAAUGUGAACAUUCACUACCUGGUUGCCAAGGGAACAGCUGAUGAUCACCUGUGGCCACUGAUCCAGCAGAAAAUGAAUGUCUUGGAGCAAGUGGGAUUGUCUGAGUCAAACCUCUCUGACAAAGCAGUAAUCACCAGCUUCCACUCUAAGGACCCUAACCAAAGGAGCAUCAUGGAGAUGUUCCAGAGGUCUUUCACUGCGGGAGACGACAUGGACGAUGCCCUCUUACUGGAGGCUGCAGACGACUGGGACGCCCCCCCGCCUGAAAACAGUUCUGCUCAACAUCACGGUGUGGCCGGACAGAACCCCAGCAAGAGGAGCAUCAAAGACCACUUCAGCAGAUGACUCUGAAACUUUCCCUAUUAACAUCAUUUUGUUUGGACUUUUUAAACAACUUGUGUUAAGCCUAUCAUGACUUUUCAGAGAUACUUUUUGUAAAAGAUGUAAAAUAACUGAACAAACUUAUAUAUGUUUUUGACAAAUGAGAAAAAAUUAAUAAAUGUGUUAAAACUUUUAACUUG